AGCUUGCAUGAACAGGACAUGUGGGGAACCUCAUAGGAAACAUCACGAUCUCUCCUGUUUUGACAUUAGAAGAUAUAACAGACCGAAUUAGAGUCCCUUGGGUUGGCGGAGCUAUGAAAGUUGAUAACCAUGCAGUGGCUGUGACCACACUUUUCUGUUUUUACCUUAUAGUUGGCAGUAUCAAUAUGAUUGCGCUUGGUCUAGCAAGUAUAAUAUUUGCGGUAUUCCUGACGAGGAUGUACCGGUAUGUGCGACGUAGUGGGGUGAAGUCUAUCUACUUCUUCUUGCUAAGCAUGUUACAUACUGUAACAUCUUUAGUUCUCUACAGUUGUAAGAUUUUCCUGAGAGCUGAAACUAUUCACAUAUAUUAUUUUUACUUCUGGCUUAUGGUCUACUUAUCGGUGCUUUAUAAUUUUAAACAGGAUGCUGGAAAGAUAGCAGUUGUUCAAUCAAAGAACACAAAUCACAUACUCUACUGUGAUAAGUGUACGAUUGUGCGUCCAGUUCGGGCCUCACAUUGUCGCUUCUGUGACGUUUGUGUGGAUAGAUACGACCAUCAUAACAUCUGGUUUGACCAGUGUGUGGGUUCUAGUAACCACGUGUCUUAUCUGAUCCUGCUUCUCGCACUUAUAAACCUCACAUUCUCAACAACUUGGGACUUCUUUUCCACUGCAUGUGGGUUUGUUGAGCUGUCACCAAACUUUUCUGUUCCCAACUGUAAAGCUUAUAUCCUGGGGAAUAGGUCGUCUGUGUUGUUUUCAAUCGGUCUGUUCUCGUGCGCCGUGCUACUGGUCACGCUCUACCACCUUAUAAUCCAGAUGAAGCUUAUCACCUUCAAUCUCACUGGAUACGAGGAAAGGUGUUUGCGACGAGGAUAUCCAAUACACGACGACAUGUUGAGAUCACAUUACUACCACUCACCCUUCAACAAGGGAUUCAAACAGAACUGGAUGUCUUUCAUCAUCUCGGUUAAGCAGAGGGUUGUCAACAAACACGUGGACACUGUGUGAUCAUCACGUGACGUCAUGAUUUUAGAGAUCACGUGACGUCAUGAUUUAAGCGACCACGUGACGUCAUGAUUCUAGAGAUCAAGAGGUGAUAUUUUAGAGAUCAUGUCACCAUUUGUAAAGAGGCAUCCUAUCAUUUAUUGGCAACGAGUAAUGUUAAAAUCUGCGAAGAUAACGAAGAACUUUAUGAAAAUAUUUGUCGUGCGAAUGUGACAUCGCUGUAUGUAAAUAUGUGUUUAAAUACUUAUAUUUAAUAUUUCCUGAUAUGGUAGGUAUUUAAAUUGUGCCACUCAAGUGACAGUGCUGUAAUUACUGAGGAUGGGAUUUAAAAGGAAUUUAUUUUCACAGAUCGUUCAUAAUAUAUGUAAGUAUCAACGAUCAUGGUUGUUUUAGACCGUGUCCCCCGGCAAUGAUAUUUUGUACCUGGAAUAUUAAAAUCUUUGUAAUUUGGCAACAUUAAGCUAUAUCACAUAUAUAUGUACUGAUUGAUUGACUCGCCACUCUAUAAUGACUAUCCAUACUCAACAGACGUAUGUAAAAUUGUAAAUAUUGCAUCGCC